AUGGAAACGCUUGACUCUGGACGUGCUGGAGGAACGCCAAUCACGCAGACACCAUCUCAGCAGCGGAUAACUCUUGGUAAUUUGCACUUUCAACAAGAUCCCAACGAUCCACAGAAAUGGAUCAUCACUAAUGAUUCGGCUGCCACAACUCCAUCAACCCAGACAUCGAAUCAUUCUCACAAUCAGUCGGCUAGGAUGACUGGUGGAGGCGAUUCACCCAAUAUGAUGGUCGGCGAAUACGAGAUGGGAUUGGAUGAUAGUCAAGUUCCGAAGCGCUGCGCAUGUACCUGUCCGAACUGUCAGAAUUCGAAUACUCCACGAACUGGUGAUGGUAAACAAAGACUUCAUAUUUGUCAUAUAUGCCAAAAAACCUAUGGAAAAACAUCUCAUUUGAGAGCGCAUCUUCGUGGACAUGCCGGCAACAAACCGUUCGCUUGCGACUGGCAACACUGUACUAAACGUUUUACAAGAAGCGACGAACUUCAGCGACAUCGUCGUACGCAUACGGGUGAGAAGCGAUUUGCAUGUGGCCACUGUGGCAAAAAGUUCAUGCGAUCUGAUCAUUUAACGAAACACGAGCGGACACACACAAGCAAUCGAAUGUCGAUGACUCAGCCAAUACGAAUGAAUCACAAUUGA